GGCAGUCCAUUGGAAUUUACUGAAUUUCAGCUGCAUAUCUGCAAGACUUUUCUGAUUAUCCUUUUGGUCAAUUUAAUUUUGAUAGCAAUUUAUUGGAGAAAGUACGGCACUAUAAUUACCGAUCGGUUCAUUCGCCCAAGCACAGCAAAAGAAAUCGAAGAGCUGAAGCUAUCUGUCGCUCGUCUCAAGCUACCCAAAGAACACAGUCCACGUAUUUGAAUAAUCUAGUUGUGAAGAUGUCCAGCAAGUUGAAAAAAUUCAUUGCUAAACAAAAGCUGAAGUUCGGUGCGGCUGGUCCUGGUCGGAAACUCAACUCCGAAACAUCACAAUCAAGUUCAUCCCACAAGCAAAGCUCUUCUUCAAAAGAUGUUUAUAUCCCUCCAAAGCGGAAUGAACUUUCCGUCGAGGCUAAGGCUGCUGCCAAUGCUGCGUUGGCUCGCGUCCAGGGCAAAGAUAAGAAAGAAUUCAACACAUCGCUAGCGGCCAUUCAGGCUCAAGUUCGUCGAGAACUCGAAGCCGAAAGAAAAGCCAAAGCACAGGAAAACGCUGCCGACGAACAAUCCUCCGGUCUUUCUGACAACGAAAAGAAAGAUUUAGCAGUGCAGGGUGUAUUUUUCCGAUGCCCUUUGAUCAGUGAAGAGGUGUUACCACGCAAGGAUUGGAAGGUGAAGAUCAAAGAAUUCUUGUACGAACAACUUGAAAGUGAGAAAGGACUUUCAGCUUGCCUAAUAAUAUACAACUGUAAUCCGAAGGAGAAGUAUGAUGUUUGUAUAGAAACAUUGAUAAAAUGUCUAGAAAACAUUAUGAACAAUCCGAACGAGGAAAAGUACAAGAAAAUACGAAUGACCAACAGAAUGUUCUGCGACAAAAUAAAGGUUUGCGAAGGUGCAUUAGACUUUUUGCAUGCAGCCGGCUUUGCUGAAAUAACAAUAGAUGACGAACCUUACCUGAUCUGGUCGGAAGACAAUAUGGAACCAGAAACAGCGCUGGAUGGUCUCAUCGAAGCCCUGAAGUGCUCCGAACCAUUCCAUCUGGAACUAGAUCGCAAUAUUCAAGUGCUGCUCCCAUCCCAGGUUCGCAAAACUACGCUACCGCCGGACUUUUUCCGCGUGUCACUGGAAGAAAUAAAACGUGAACAACAGCUACGAUCGGAUGCCCUGGAGCAGGCACAAAUCCUUAAAACCAAAGCUAUGCGAGAAAAGGAGGAACUGCGUGUUAUAGGUCGAUAUAAAUUUUCCCUAAUUAGAAUACGAUUCCCCAACGGGGUUUACCUCCAGGGGACCUUUAACGUGUAUGAGAAAUUUUCGCAAGUGUGUGAAUUCGUUCAAUCCUGUCUUAUGCACGAAGCAUCAGAAUUUGUCCUUGUUUCACCAACGGGCCAACGGUACACAGAAGCGGAAAUGGACAAAUCACUCUAUGAUUUGAGACUGGUGCCAACGAUCGUUUUGAACUUCAGCUAUGAGAACGAAUCCCACCAGUUAACCGAUUACUUGAAGGAAGAGUUGAUGCUGCUAAUCCAAUCUUUAUAAUUGUGUUGAUUUCACUGUUAUAUAUUUGUAACAAUUAUUCUUUCGUUAUUGGUGUUCUAUUUCAUAUUUAUGUAGCUUCGAAACACAAAUAGCGAUAUAAUAAAAUUUACAUGCAUACUUUUUACCCCCACAAUGGAGAUGAA